GUGCAUUUCCUCUCGGGCCGGCCGGGUGCGAUCCGGGAAGGGCGGCUGCGGGCAGACGCGGCGCUGCGCUCGGCCAGGCCGGCACCAUGCGGCCCCUGCUCUGCGCGCUGACCGGACUGGCCCUGCUCCGCGCCGCGGGCUCUUUGGCCGCUGCCGAACCCUUCAGCCAUCCGCGAGGAGACUCAGCUCAGAGCACAGCGUGUGACAGACACAUGGCUGUGCAACGCCAUCUAGAUGUCAUGGAGGAGAUGGUAGAGAAGACCGUGGAUCACCUGGGGACAGAGGUGAAAGGCCUGCUGGGCCUGCUGGAGGAGCUGGCCUGGAACCUGCCCCCGGGACCCUUCAGCCCCGCUCCCGACCUUCUCGGAGAAGAUGGCUUCUGAGCCCUGGAGCUGGAGCCCAGCAGUUGGAGGUGGUGCACCUGCCAGGCAGCGCCCACAGAACCAGCCCUGUCCUCUCGACUUCCUUCCUUAGCUUCAUGUGAAAUAAAAGCUAUUCUUCUGGUC